UUAUUUAAAACAUAAAAAAAUAUUUCUCAGAAUUUCCCCUUUCAUUUAAUUAGCCUGGCAUUGCUUUUUAUUUAUUUUUUAUUAAUGAUUGAACAACAAUUACAAAACAGAAAUAAAAAAGCAAUGCCAGUGGUAAAGGGUAACGAUAUAAACAUAUAAAAUACAAUAUAAACCAAACAAGAAAGUAAAUAAAACUAAAACUAAAUAAUAAAUCAAAUAUUUUAGCCUGGCAUUGCCAGAGAUGCGCCAUGAGGCGCAGUGACGUCAUCUGUGCGCGCCAGCAGUCUGUGAGCCACAUGAGCGAGGGGAUGAUGUAAACAACUGCAGCGCGAGACUCCUAUGCUGUCCGUCUUUCUUUAUGAACGAAAUCAGCCCUUCUCGGUGAGUGAGACGGAUUCACGGUGCUGCGCGUCUCCUGCGGAUCAUGCCCCACGACCCCGAUCCUCCUCCGGCGAAGAGAUUUAAGCCGGGCUCUCCCUUCUUCCGCCUGGAUAAGAAGCCCGGCAUGCUGCUGCCCAGAGCGGGACACGCGCCCGUCAGCGUGGACGCGCAGCGGAAACAGCUGCCCAUCUACCAGAGCAGAACACAGGUGAUCAACCAACUCCGACAGCUGCACAAUGCUGUGUUCAUCGGUGAGACGGGCUCAGGUAAAACCACGCAGAUACCGCAGUACCUGUACGAGGCGGGCAUCGGGCGGCAGGGCAUCAUCGCCAUCACUCAACCGCGCCGGGUGGCUGCCGUAUCGCUGGCUGGAAGAGUGGCCGAGGAAAAGAAAGUGCAGCUGGGAAAACUGGUGGGCUACACGGUGCGCUUCGAAGACGUCACGUCGCCGGAGACCAAGCUGAAGUUCAUGACAGACGGGAUGUUGCUGCGAGAGGCUAUAGGGGAUCCGUUAUUACUGCGCUACACGGUGGUGAUCCUGGACGAGGCUCACGAGCGCACCGUACACACUGACGUCCUGUUCGGCGUGGUGAAGGCCGCCCAGCGCAAACGCACAGAACAGAACAAAAUACCUCUGAAGGUUUUUGUGAUGUCUGCCACCAUGGACGUGGAUCUGUUCUCUCAGUACUUCAAUAAAUCACCUGUUCUGUAUCUGGAGGGCCGACAGCAUCCCAUUCAGAUCUUCUACACCAAACAGCCUCAGUCCGACUAUCUGCAGGCAGCGCUGGUCUCCAUAUUUCAGAUUCACCAGGAAGCUCCUCCAUCCCAUGAUAUCCUGGUGUUUAUGACGGGGCAGGAGGAGAUUGAAGCGCUGGCGCGCACCUGUCGAGACAUAUCGAAGCACCUGCCUGAGACCUGCGCACCGAUGACGGUCGUCCCCCUGUACGCCUCGCUGCCGCCCACCCAACAGCUCAGGGUCUUUCAUCCCGCGCCCAAGGGAUCCAGGAAAGUGAUUCUCUCCACAAACAUCGCGGAAACAUCCAUCACCAUCUCCGGCAUCAAAUACGUCAUUGACACGGGGAUGGUGAAAGCCAAACGCUACAAUCCAGAGAGCGGUCUGGAGGUGUUGGCGGUGCAGCGGGUGUCUAAAGCCCAGGCGUGGCAGCGGGCCGGUCGAGCCGGGAGAGAAGACGCGGGUCUGUGUUACCGUCUCUACACUGAAGAGGAGUUUGACAACCUCGCCAACAUGACCGUACCCGAGAUACAGAGGUGUAAUCUGGCCAGUGUCAUACUGCAGCUGCUCGCUCUGGGAGUUCCUGAUGUUCUCAACUUUGACUUCAUGUCUAAACCGUCAACUGAGUCGAUGCGGGCGGCCGUGGAGCAGCUCAGUAUCCUCGGGGCCGUCGACAGAAAAGACGACCAGGUGUCUCUAACGCCACUGGGCAAGAAAAUGGCCUGUUUCCCUCUAGAGCCUCGCUUCUCUAAAACUCUCCUGAUCUCCCCUGAGUUCUGCUGCACUGAGGAGGUUCUGACCAUCAUCUCGCUCCUGUCCGUCGACUCUGUCCUCUACAACCCUCCCGCUCGCAGAGACGACGUCCUCGCCGUCCGCAAGAAGUUCAUCUCCAGUGAGGGCGACCACAUGACGCUCCUCAACAUCUACAGGGCCUAUAGGAAAGUCAGCGGUAACAAGGAAUGGUGUCGAGAGAACUUUGUGAACAGCAGGAACAUGGGGCUGGUGUUGGAGGUUCGUGCGCAGCUGAGAGAUAUCUGCAUCAAGAUGAACAUGAAGCUGGAAUCGUCUCUAUCUGACCUGGCGAACGUCCGGCGCUGUCUGGCUCACGGUUUGUUCAUGAGCGCUGCAGAACUGCAGCUGGACGGCAGCUACGUGGCUCUGGACACCCAUCAGACUGUUUCCAUCCAUCCCUCCUCCGUCCUGUUCCAGGCCAAACCGGCCUACGUGGUCUUCAACGAGCUCCUGCACACGACGCGCUGCUACAUGAGGGAUCUGUGCCUGGUAGAUGCUGAUUGGCUGCAUGAAGCCGCGCCGGAGCAUUUCCGCCGCAAGCUGCGCGCAACAAAGAGUUAACGCUCGAAAUGCUGCAGCUUCACCAAACAUUUUCCCAAAAGCAUCGUGAGCCCAGAAGACCAUUGCCACCAAUGUUCUCCACGACCAACUUAGCUCACGAUGCCUCUGGGAAACGCAGCCCAGUUUGUUGUUCCUGAAGACUGCAUGGUAGUAAGCGUUUUUUCACAAUAUGCAUUUCGUUAAUACACGCCAACUCAGUAGAUGAACUGUUCAGACAAAUUGCUUUUUUUGAACUGCUAUGCUGAUAUGCAACACGUUAGGUAGUUUUGCCAAAGAGUUCGAGUAACAGUGCUUUGUUAACCGAAAUUUUUCUAGAAGUGAAUGAGUCCUUUAUACUUGCUCUAAAUCUAAAGAUGUCACACCUGUUUCUACAGCUCCUUUUACAAACUGCUGAAGCGCUCUGAUUGUAUGAAAUUCAGGUAUGCUUCAUCUGUCUUUUGUUUGAGUCCAUGCAAGGUCAAAAAAUUUGAUAUUAAAUCAGUAAAGGUUUAAGAAAGAAAGAAAGAAAAAGAGACUAAAACACAUAUUUGGGAUUGAAGCUGGAGAUCGAUUGACGAUCAGCAUUGUGAUGUCCGUGUCAUAUUUCACCUUAAAAUUCAGAAGUGAAAAAAUUAUAUUUUGCAGAAAGCCUAUUUUAGCCUGGAUUAUUAUAGUUAACUAAAAACUAAAACCAUAAAAAAUGUUAAUUGAAAUUAAAUGAAUAUUAACUAAAUUCAAAUAAAAAAACCUAAACUUAUUUUAUUUCAGCUAGUUGUCAAAGCAACAACAUUUCUCAUUUUCAUUUAGUUUACCUUGUUUACAUUUAGUGCUAAAACUGAAAUAAAAAUUAAUAAAAAGCUAUACAGUUAUUUAAAAGAGAGAAACUAAUAAAAAUUGCAAAAACAAAACAAAAAAUUACUAAAACUUUAACUAAAAUUAAAGUGAAACCAGAAAACCUAAAAAUUAGCGCUUUCAAACUAUUCAUCGCGAUUAAUCGCAUCCAAAAUAAGUUUGUUUACAUAAUAUGUGUGUACUGUGUACAUUUAUUAUGUAUAUAUAAAUAUACACACACAUGCAUGUAUAUAUUUAACAAAAAUAUAUUAUAUUUAUAUAUAAAAUAUUUAUAUGUAAUAAAAAUUACACAGUACACACGCAUAUAUUAUGUAAACAAAAACUUUUAUUUUGGAUGCGAUUAAUCACAAUUAAUCAUUUGACAGCACUAAUAAAAAUUCAAACAAAUAUUCAAAAUAUGAAUAAAAAUUAUAAUAGAAGCUUAGUGACACUGUUAAAAAAGGAUCGUUAUGAAUUGUCAUAUUGUGACAUUAUUUUCAUGACAGCUAAACAAUUUUCCUCCAGAUUCUGAUUAUUGUUAAGCAGUACUUUAUCAUUUAAAUACAUAAUAAAUGGAUGUGUGUGUGUGUGAUAUAUAUAUAAUAUAUAUAUACACACACAGUGUUCUGCUGCGAUUUUGUUUAGCUAGAAUUGAAUGUAAAAAUCAAUUAAUAUUAGAAUUCACAUAAAACCUGAAAUAGUUAAGUUUUGUUCUAUAAAUGCGGAAUGUUGCUGUUCUAAGUUCCAGUGCCAAUUUUAGAUCCAGUUCUGGAUCAAAUAGAAUUCAGAUCUAGAAACAUUCGAUUUACAGUAUAUUACCCAUAUUAAUGUAAUGCAUGCCACUUUGUAAUAUAAGGGAAUUAAAGCAUAUCACAUUACUUCAUUGCUUCACUUUGCAAAUCAUAUCAGACUCAUGUGUAUUCUUAGAUGUAUAUGACAAUGUAUGUAUGCUGUGCAUGAAAUCAGAUGGACAAAAUGUGAUCACUCAGGUUUUUAUGGUACACACAUGAUGUACCAGUGCACAUGUUCAGUCUUAGUAUCAAGAUUUCUUCUUCAGACUUUCCAUAACAGCAUGGGCAGAGAAAGCUUUUGAACUUUUGUUUGUGAAUGCAACAGAUUUCCACAAUCUUACUGAUAAAACAUUUCUUCUGAAA